AUGUCCGCGGCGAUCAAACUCGUGGAGGACGUGGAGGACGACCAGGAGAAGACGGUAUCAACGCUUGACCCUCGACAGCUUGGUCAGGCUGCGAGCACUGAGAUAAUGGGCUGGCUGCGUAUGAACCUGUUGCAGAUGGCAAGCGCAGCGUUGGCGGUUGGAUCGGAGUCGGCGUUGCUGGUUGUGUUGGAGGGGAAGACUCGACUAACGUCAACAACGACGCUUCAUUAUCCUCUAGUGUGUAAUGGGGACUUGUUGAACGGGUUCGCGGACGGGAUGUAG